AUGCCGUUCUUUGACCAAUCCCACGAAUCCCAUAAGAAGGGAAAGAUUAUCAAGUCGGCCUACGACAGCGAGAGCUUCGAUUCCGACGGCACAAUUCAUGUCGACGGUCUCGUCGGAUCUGCGACCAUUUCCCCAUCAGGCCGUGAUAUCGCCUUGGCUUCACCCGAAGGUCUCGCCAUCAUUGACCUCGACUCGCCCUACAACCCACCUCGACGCCUGCGCAGCCACGGCCUGCCUUGGUUGGUCUGUGACGUUCAAUGGUCGCCCUUUGCCGCGCGCGACUACUGGGUUGUGUCGACAGCCAACCAUCGAGCUCUCGUGUGGAAUCUCAACCUGAGGGAAGAUUCCAACUCUGGCGCCAUCGAACACUCGCUCCAAGGGCAUAGCAGGGCCAUCACCGACGUGAACUUUUCGGCCCAUCAUCCCGACCUGCUCGCCACCUGCUCCGUUGAUGGCUACGUCCACUGGUGGGACCUGAGGCGGCCUAGGCAGCCUGCUCUCACAUUCUGCGAUUGGUUCGCCGGCGCGACCCAGGUCAAGUUUAACCGUCAAGACCCCCAUAUCCUGGCAUCUGCCCACGACCGCUGGCUCCAUGUGUGGGACGAGAGGAAAGCUUGCAAGCCUGUCCGGUCCAUUGGCGCGCACACGUCCAAGAUUUAUGGUAUAGAUUGGAAUCGAACGCGACCGACGGGCAUCGUGACUUGCUCGCUGGACAAGACCAUCAAGUUCUGGGACUAUGGCAAGGACGACGACGACAUGUUGGAGCAUGUCAUUCGCACCGACUUUCCCGUAUGGAGAGCCCGCCACACUCCCUUCGGAUGGGGGCUGCUUGCCAUGCCCCAGAACGAGCCGGGCGACCUGUACCUCUACGACCGCCUGUGGACCGAUGAAUCUCCCGUCGAGGUUGCACCAACGCCCGUCGCCGUCUUUCCCGGUCACGGUGAUCACAAAGCCAAGGAGUUCCUCUGGAGAACCCGUGGCGGAAUAUCCGGCGACGGCAUGGACCAUCGUGAAUUCCAGCUCGUCUCCUGGGGAACCGACAACGAGCUGAGGCUGCACUGCGUUGACAGCCAUCUACUCUCCUCCGUCGGCCACGUCAAGGAUGGCCCUGCCAGAAAAGGCUUGAGCCUCACGCGCCAGGGGGCUGCGUACAAGACCUAUCGUACCGUCGACGACACCUCCAACAGAGACCGGAAAGCGGGCACCAUGAGUGACGGCAGAAGCGGCACGAACACGCCUCAUCACAAGCAAAGCGCCCUCACCCUUGGUAUGGCGUCGGGAGGACCGUUCGGUCGCCAGGCGAGGCCUGCGUGGCGGGGACCGUCGAUGAAGGCCAAGGUCGGCAGCAACAAGAGCGUAGACCGAAGCCAAGCACAGCUCGGGUGGAUGAAGGGAAUCACAAUGACGAAGCGCAAAGCAUCGACAGCCACAGACGGGUCCAGACGACACGUCUCCAAGGAUGUUGGCAUCGUCGGACACUACCUAGACGACGAAUGGGGUCAACCCGACACCAUACAGGAGGAGCUUUUGCGUGUGAGCACGCAAAUCCCAAAGGUCAAGUGGGAGAACAUCGACAUGGACAGUCUGACACUGAAAGCCUCCUUGAACGGCCCAUGGGGCGCUGGCGGUGAACCCAUUUUCAUCAAAGUCAAGAUUGACGUUCCUACCGAAUACCCGAAGCACAGGGCGCCCAAUUUCGUCAUCGAAAAAACUUCUUUCAUGUCGGAGGAGACGCACAAGAAGAUCACGCGCGAGGUCAACCAACUUGGAAGCCAGUUUCUGCAACGAAAGCAGAACUGCCUGGAAGUCGCCUUCACCUACCUUCUCGGCGAGGUCGACCUCGAGUCAAGCACGACAUUCUUCAAGAAUGUACGGGACCUGGAGGACGGUCUGGACGGCCUGGACGACGAGAGCUCGAGCGAGGAAGACGAGGACAUGCCCGGAGGAGGGUCGACGUCCAUGUCGCAGGAGCUGGUAACACACGGCGACAUUGACGCUAUCCUUGCACCUGGCCAUCGAAAUAUGAUGCCGCCGACGCCGCGGUCGUGCGGCGUGCGAAUCUCCAAUGAUGGCAAAGUUGUGUGCUUCUUCCCCUCAAAGGAAGAAAAGGCUCGGGCUCUCUUCUCAACCUCCGCGGAGAUGUAUAGCAAGGAGAGGGCGAGAGGGGAGCCCUUCUUCGCGGGAUUUGGCCGACUGGCGUACGAUCUGCCUGCGCGGCAAAGAUACGCAAUGGAUGAGGCGUCGGUGACGGAUGAUCUGUCGGAUGAGCCUGACUCGGAUGCGUCGUCGUCCACCUCGAGCGACUCGGAGUCGACGUCGGUGCAUAAAAUGAACUUUUGGUAUCGAUCAGGCCGCCAGCUGCGCAAACCCUGGAGCGAGGACCGCUCCGUCCGAUCAAGCGGUGGCGGCACCGGAGCCGGCACGGGCACGGGCACAGUGACGGGCACGGGCACGGGCACCAGCCGCCGUCGGUUUGGAAGGGGGCCUAGAAAUCUCAUUUCCAUUCACGACUUGAGCGCCCAACUACCCUCCAAGAGAGAGUUUGCAGAGGAGUACAUCGUCUUUGGGGACGGAGCCGACGUCUGCGAGCACAACGCCAGGGUCGCAGAAAGGCAUGGACACGAAGAUUUGGUCGACGUCUGGCGCUAUCUGGCUCUUCUGCUCAGCAAGGGAAUCCCUCUCGAGGUUCUGGGGGGGGAUCGCCGGCAGUCAUCCAUCCUGGUCAUCGCACGGGACGUCGUCCUGAGAUGCCGCAGGGACGACUACGUUGCCAAGGAUCAGUUUGGCAACGACAGGAGUCUGCUCGGCAGGGUCAAGUGGGGUUGCCAUCCGCUCGCCAACGAGUUCAUCGGCCAUCUUUUUGACCAUUACGAGAAGAUGGCAGAUGUGCAGAUGCUCGCAAUGCUCUCGUGCGUCUUCAGCGAGCCGUCCACCAACGACGGCGUUGCGUACGUCGAGUCCCGACUACCCAGGCAGGAGACUCCGCUCCCGCUCAAGGCACCGUCGUUUACUCUGGACUACUUCCCGACGGAUGCGUCCGCGUGGGGGUUCUACAGCCGGAGCCACAGCAACUCGGCGGUGACAACACCGGGCGCUCUCCACACACCCAUCCACGGCGCCGGCUCCCAAGCCUCGGACGACUUGAUGUGGGUUGGCGAUCCCGAGCCGGCCACUAGUUCCUACUCGUGCGGCGAGACUCCACCUACGACGGCAAAACCCGUCUUGCGAGAUCGCGAGCAGUCAUCGCCAAUGUCCAGGUCCCCGACAGGCAGGACCGGGCCGGGGCUUCUGCGCGGAACGUCGGGUUUGGCGUCGGCGCUGACGGCGAACCUACCGCGGUCGAUUACCGGGGGCAGCUCAUCAUCACCGACCAGCCAAGGGAGAAAGCGGUCGAGUCCUGCGGAGUAUAUCCUCAACGGCCUCGCGCCCAGCACGGAAAACACGACGCAGGGAAGCGGCUCGGGCUCGGCUGUGGGAUCUGGAGGCAGGGAGGCAUCCAUGUCCGACGACGAAUGCCGAAAGGAUGACCUGCUCCUGCCCUUGAUCCCCCUCCAAGUGUCUGUGACGAUGGAAGAUCAGACAAUGUUCGACGACGACGGCUGGCUCUCGGCACCCUUUUUGGACCCCGACAGGGCCAGGAUCUACGCAGAUUAUCGUCACGCGUAUGCCGAGAUGCUGCACAUGUGGGGACAGCCGCUGGCGAGGCUCGAAGUCUUGAAGUUCAACGUCCUCAGGGAACAUGCGCCGUCAGCAAUGGCGGAUGAAAACUUUGGCGACUCGACGACGAUGCGCAACGGCGCGGGGGCCACCGUUGCCCAUCGAAAGAACGCAUCGUCGCCCAUCAUGAUGGGCAGGAAGGAUCAGCUGCUGUCGCUGCUCGCCUCUGGGCGAGGGCUGGAUGUGACGGGCAUCUGCCGCGUCCACGAGACCCAGCUGGAGCCGACGCGCUACACGACUUGGGAGCCUCACAUGGGCGGCGCCGUGGGGACUUGCGAUCGCUGCCGGCGCUCGCAGACGCAGCUGCGAUGCGUCUACUGCCUCGAACCUGUCGACGCGCUGUACCCGGCCUGCCUCUCCUGCGGGUGCGCGAGCCACGAGAUGUGCUUGGCCGAGUGGCACGCCGCCGGCGAGAGGUUCUGCCCCGCCGGAGACGAGUGCAACUGCGUCGAGGAGGCCGCCAACGGGCAGGUCGAGUCCUGGGCGGCCCUCCAGGGUGCCAUGCUCAAGGGGGUGGGGCAGGGGCUCGGCCAGGCUACAGCAUCCACGCUCCCGCCCUCGGCCGCCGACGGCAGCGACGACGGUGAGGGCGACAGGGACAAGAGCGAAUGGGAGCGCGUCGAGAAGAAGGGCCCGAGUCGGGUGCAGGGGAGCACGCUGCUGGCUCCGGCAACGCUGAGCUUCGGCCGGCUGAAAAAGUCUGCGGGGUCGUGGUCGCGGACGUCGAGCACGAAGCGGACGCCAAGUGUGAGAGGAGCCUAG